GUGAGGAAAAUAUUUGUUGUGUGCGGAUGUUGUUGCUGAUGCUUGACGCUUCACCUCCACCUCACUGCUGCUGAACACAUUUCCAUCACUCACAUUUUUAUAAUUGAAAUUUUUCCGUUUGUCUGCUGCUGUUGACAUUUCCCGUCACCACCCGGUUACUGUUGAUACUUCCCUGCUCCAACAUUGCUUCUGACACUUCUGUUAACACUCCUUCCACACACCUACUCUUGCUUCAUCACCCAGCUCAACGUGCGCAAUACCUGUAUGUCACACAGCAGCCACUGCCACCACAGCUGCAGAGCCACCAUCACCGCCAUCACAUGUGCAGAGUCGCUACUACCACCACCACAGUUCCAGAGCUACCAUCACAACACCUGUAUAAUCACAACACCACCAAAAUCACCAUUCAUCAAACCUGCUAAGACUCAGUAUCAACUGCAAAACUAAUAUCAUUGCUUUCACCUGCAGGGCAACGACCACUGCACACCUGCAGAGCCACGACCAGCGCAAUUGCACACCAGCACAACUAUCUCCACCAUCAAACUUGCAUAACCAAUAUCACAACACAUCGAAACCUAGAACCACUUACAAAACCACCAUCCAAAACAAAAAUCCACCACCACCACACUUAAAUAACCACCAUCACUAUCCAAGGCACAACUAACAUUAAACAUAAGAAAGCUUCACCAUGGACAACAAGACAACUACUGACAGCGGGAGUGUGAGGAUGGUGCCUGUCUCCAGUACUGACAUGGACCGUCUUCAGGGCAUAUCCAUUCACAUCCCAAGCUUCCUGAAAGUGGGACCAGAACGUGUCACAUUGAGUUCAGUCUUCACUGACUGGUGCUCCAAAUACGAAAACUUCCCAGUUUACCAAGAUGACACCUGGGUCGUAUCUUACCCGAAGUCAGGAACCACCUGGACCCAGGAGCUGGUGUGGUGUCUCAUUAAUGAUCCAAAAUCUCCAGAGGCUAAACUUGAACUGAAGAAGAGGUUCCCAUUCUUUGAGUUCGAUUCUCUCAUAUCUCUUGACCUGGACACCACUGACAUAAGGAAGGAUGAUCCUAUGUGUCCAGGCAACACAUGGCACAUCGUGCAAAACCUCUCAGCACCAAGGACCAUAAAAUCACAUCUUCCCAAGGAACUUCUUCCAAAACAAAUCUGGCAAGUCAAACCAAAGAUAGUGUAUGUGUGCCGGGAUCCUCGUGACGUGUGUGUCUCCUACUACUACCACUACAUCAGGGAACAUGGCUACAAGAACACCUUCAAUCACUUCGUCCAGUUACUCCUUGAUGACAUAAUGGUAUACACACCCUUCUGGCUGCACAUCCUGAACUUCUGGAAGAUGAGACAUGAAGAUCACAUUCUCUUCCUCCGGUAUGAGGACAUGAAGAAGGACCUGGCGGCAGUAGUGAGGCAAGUGGCAGCUUUUCUAGGAAGAGAUGUGAACGAAGAGCAGGUGUCAUGGCUGACUCAUCACUGCUCCUUCGAGGAAAUGAGCAAGAAUCCAGCAGUAAAUCACGAGACCUUGCGGAUGGCACCCACACAAGAGGCAAAGGCAAUAAAGUUCAUGAGAAAGGGCAAGGUAGGAGACUGGAGGAACCACUUGACGGAGGAGCAGCAAAAGGCUUUCAAACAAUGGACUUUGAAGUAUCUGCAGGGCACUGACUUUCCUUACUAUCAAGACUACGAAUAAGAUGCAACAAAUCACACAUAAUAAUUGCUAGAUAUUCUUAUGUAUGCAAGACUUGGUUAAAUUUGUGUUGCAAGUCACAUUUAUUAACAAAAUCUAGAUUAGGUUUCUAUUACCAAUAUACAGAUUGUUACUAAAGAAUAAAACAAUGUUGUCUUAAAAUUAAUAAAUGUGUAAGUGUAUGUUAGCUUCCUGUUCGCUCGGUAAUUUUAGAUAAUUAACAAAAAAGUUAAGGAAAAUUAUUAUCCCAUCCUCUCUACGAAAACUACAUGUAUUUCCGUUACCCUGUGACCAGCGCCUCAGUGCAGUGUGACCAGGUUGGUAAUGACAUUUAAACAAUAAUUUAAAUAUUUAAAGGAAAUCAAAAGACGCCUUCACAUGGAUAUCAGAUCAAAUAUAAUUCACACCCUUGAAGGAGACCAAAAAGACCAAUAUCCAAUACACACAAGCACAUUUAUUUUGAAGCCUCUCAGAAGUUGCAUUAUUAAGCUGACAAAGAUGUAACAGUGAGACUUUGGUUACAGAGAACUUCUCGUGUUCCCUCAACAGUUUGAACACAACUUCAACCUGUGUGUACUUGGAGUUUACCUGGAGAGGUUUCUGGGGUCAACGCCCAGAAACCCUCUCCAGGUAAACUGAGUAAGACUGAGGCCUCAGACCCGCGGCCCGGUCUGAGGCCAGGCCUCAUAAUGGAUCAGGGUCUGAUCAACCUGGCUGUUACUGCUGGCCACACUCAAGCUGACGUACGAACCACAGCCCGGUUGGUCAGGUACUAACUUUAGGUGCCUGUCCAAGUGCCUUCUUGAAGACAGCCAGGGGUCUAUUGGUAAUCCCCCUUAUGUAUGCUGGGAGACAAUUGAACAGUCUUGGGCCCCGGACACUUAAUGUGUUGUCUCUCAGUGAACUCGAGGCACCCUUGGUUUACAUCAGUGGAAUGUUGCAUCUCCUGCCGAGUCUCUUGCUUUCAUAUGGAGUGAUUUUCGUGUGCAGGUUUGGAGCCAAUCCCUCCAGGACCUUCCAAGUGUAUAUUAUCAUGUAUCUCUUUUGCCUGUGUUCGAGGGAAUACAGAAAAAGAACCUUCAACCGUUCCUAGUAGUUUAGGUGCCUUAUCGCACGUAUGUGUGCCGUGAAAGUUCUUUGUACACUCUCUAGGUGUGCAAUGUAGCCAGCCUUGAAGGGGGCCGUUAGUGUACAGCAGUAUUCCAGCCUACCCCUACCAUAUGAUAUGCAUUAAUAAAAUAUAAUUAACUAGAGUUGUACUAGAAACACGACGCCUUAGUGACCCUCAUAUAUUAUAUGUUAAUGAUACAUUCUUUGUCUAACCCGACUUCACCUCUGAUUAUUAAAUAGUCAUUCUUUUACACUCCAACAUAAUUAUUUUUUUCACAAUAUUUGAAACUAUUACGGUUUUACUAAUUUCAAAAUAUUUAACAAAAUUUUUGUUAAUUUUAUUCUUAGGGGAAAAUUGCGAAUUUAUUGUUAUAAAGGGGAUGUAGUAAUAUAUUCAGAUACUAAUACUGUAAGUGGGUUGACAAAAUCUUAAUGCUUUACGAACUAUAAAAUAUAAUGAAUAAA